CUCUCCUCUCAGGCUCUCUGCUGACUGGGAGCUCCUCUCUCUUGUCUACGUACUCAAAAACCUGAAGUCCCGCCCCCUCACUACACCGGAACUGCUGACUCCCGCGUCAAGUUGCUGUGUGUCAAAAUACUACUUCCUGAAACAGUGGAUUGUAUGCUGAUGUGGCACUGAACGUCCCGCCUCCUGCAGCCAUGACGCAUUUCCGGCAGACAGUUUUUCUUCUUCCGGCACACGUAAACAUGGCGCCCCCCAUCCCGCUUUUAGCAGUUCGAGCCUCUGAUGGAACCUCGCUGCUCACCGGACCUCCAACAUGUGAGCAGCACUCAUCCUUCCAGAGGGACUCCCGGCCCAGCAGGUGUGUCACCUUCAGCAGAGAUGGGACGCUGUUCGGUUGGUGCAACGGACGCAAUGUCUCGGUGGUGAAGUCCUCAGACGGCUCAGUGGUGUCGACCUUUGACCUCCCGAAGACGUCUCUGUUGGACUUUUCUCCUCUUAACACAGUUGUGGUCACCUGGCAGCCAUACAGCAAGGCUCAGAACAGUCCUCAGGCUGACGCUAACCUCCAGCUGUGGGACCUGCAGAGCGGACAGCUGAUCAAAGCUUUAUACCAGAAGAAGGUUGACUCCUGGUGUCCCAGCUGGUCUGAAGAUGAAAAGAUCUGUGUGAGGAGUGUCAACAACGAGCUGCACUUCUACGAGAACAAUGACUUCAACACGAUUGCCAACAAGCUCCACAUGCAGAAGGUUUCGGACUUCGAGUUGUCACCAGGAGUUCAGCCCAGUAAGGUGGCGGUCUAUGUCCCGGGCAGUAAAGGAGCUCCAUCAUUCGUGCGUUUGUAUCAGUACCCGGUGCUGGGCGGACCCACAGCCGCUCUCGCUAACAAGAGCUUCUUCAAGGCCGACAGAGUCAGCAUGCUGUGGAACAGGAAGGCCUCUGCAGUUCUGGUCACAGCGAGCACUGAGGUGGACAAAACCGGAGCUUCAUAUUACGGAGAGCAGACGCUGCAUUACCUCGCUGUGAAUGGAGAGACAGCUGUGGUCCAACUGCCCAAGAACGGUCCGAUCUACGACGUGGUGUGGAGUCCAAACUCUACAGAGUUCUGUGUAGUGUAUGGCUUCAUGCCAGCCAAAGCCACCGUCUUCAACCUCAAGUGUGACGCAGUGUUCGACUUCGGAACUGGACCACGAAACGCUGCCUACUACAGUCCUCAGGGUCACAUCCUGGUCCUGGCUGGCUUUGGGAACCUGCGGGGUCAGAUGGAGAUCUGGGACGUCAAGAAAUACAAACAGGUGUCCAAACCUCAGGCUGCAGACACCACACAUUUCUCCUGGUGUCCUGAUGGUGAGCACGUUGUCACUGCGACGUGUUCUCCAAGGCUGCGGGUCAGUAAUGGGUAUAAGAUCUGGCACUACACUGGCUCUGUGCUGCACAAGUGGGACAUGGCGGCGGGCUCGGAGCUGUGGGAGGUCCGCUGGCAGUCUUUCCCCGAUGGGAGCUUCCCUGAGCGGGCCGUCAAGUACCAGGCAGUGGUCAGCGAGCUGGGAACCACACAGGCUCCGCCCACACAGGCGUACCGCCCCCCUGCGCUGAGACACCUGCCAGCCACAGCGAGUUCCAAACUGCACGAGGAGGAGCCUCCUCAGAACAUGCGUCCUGGAGCUGCAGGAGAGAAAAGUCUCUCUAAGUCGGCUCUGAAGAAUCAGAAGAAACGAGAGGCCAAGAAAGCUGCGAAACAGGAUGCAAAAUCUGAACCUGAAACUCCAUCUGACCCCGCCCCCGUCAGCAACAGCCAAUCAGAGCCACGCAGCGGUGACCCAGAGACCGACAAGAAGAUAAAGAACUUAAAGAAGAAACUGAAAGCCAUCGAGGAGCUGAAGGAGCAGCAGGCAUCAGGAAAAGUCCUGCAGAAGAACCAGCUGGAGAAGGUGCAGAAGGAGGAGCAGCUGCUGAAGGAGCUGGAGGAGCUGCAGAUUGGACAGUAGGCGGCGCUGCAGCAGCUGCAGGCCCUGCCCUCAGUCCCACAAUGCAUCACACAUACUCACACCACACAGAGGACAGGUGUGUGUGUGUGUGUGUGUUUUGUUUUUUUAAAUUUUGAGUUUGUUUAGUUUGUCUUCACCUGUCAGGUGAGGAGGGGGCGAUUGAUGUGAGGGGCGGGGCCAUUGUUUGACAAUUGGAUAACUGGUUCUGAUUUCAUUCACAUGCCUGAUGACACCAUGAGUUCAUUCCUGUGUGCUUGUGUGUGUGAGAGAGACAUGAGGCCCUGUUGCUAUGUGACGUGUAAAGACGCUGAGGUCUGUGACAGUGAUCCUUUCAGAAUAAAAGCCUGCUGUGGUUGUAUCAGGUUAUGAAACUAAUAAACAUGUUGAUCUCUGAGUGUGAUUCUGUAUCAGGUUGAAUCUGCGCAGGAUGUCAGUAUGGACCAUUAUUCAAAUAUUCUUCGUGUAUCAUUAUUGAUAAUGUUUUGCAGCAGUUUGACUGUUAUGACAUGUUAUGACAUCAGCUGUUCUCACUCUGGUCAUGCCAACAGGCAUAGACAUAAAAAGUUUAUUUUGUCACAACCAUUCACACACAUUCCUCUUAAUAAGUGAUCAGGAGGCUGGAGCUCAGCUGUGUCUCCUCAUCCAUCCCAUUAUUGAACAUGUGAAAGCUGACUCAACCCUCACUCAUCUCUCUGUUUGUUUAUAUUGUUUAUAUUGUAUAUACAACAGUCACUGUGUGUUUAUGGGUUAUUGUCUUCUCUGCAUGCAGCUGAUCCAUUCAGACAAAUUCCUUGUUGGUGUAAAAUCAUGAUGAUAAUAAUAAAUCUGGUUCUGACAGUUUGA